UCCUAAAUCGCCACAAAACUAGCUAACAUAAACAAAAAUCUAAGUACCCAAAAUAAAACAUCCUCUUCUACCUCAAGUUCUUCAUCCUUUUUCUCACAUCCACCCAAAAAAAGUUACCUUUUCCCAGGCCGGACUAGCAUUUUCCCGGCCACCCAAUUAACUUUCUUCAAUCCCUUUUCCGGCAAUGACACCAGACUCUGUCGGUAACACGCAGCAAACGUAUAGCUCCCCCCCGGUGACCAUAAUCCUCACCAUAGUACUCCUUGUGCUUUUCUUUGUGGGUUUUUUCUCCAUAUACUUUUGCAGGUGUUUCUUGGAAAACCUAAUCUAUGGUUGGUAUUUCCGGCGCAACAGUGCCGGAACCACGGUGGGCCCCGGGUGCACCGAUGGUCGUCCGGGCCUGGACCCUUUGAUCAUCAACUCGUUUCCCACGUUCACAUAUUCAAGUGUCAAAGACUACAGGAAAGAAAAAUACGGGUUAGAAUGCGCCAUUUGUCUCUCGGAGUUUGUAGGCGACGACGUUCUUCGCCUUCUGACUCCAUGUUGCCACGUGUUUCACCAAGAGUGCAUUGACCUCUGGUUCGAGUUACACAAAACAUGUCCGGUGUGCCGGCGGAGCCUCGACUCCGUAGAGGAAUCCUUUCAAAAGUCACCGGCCCCGCCGGCACAUUACCACAGUCCCAUGCAUGAGAUUAAUGAGGAUGAGCCAUUGGAAGAUACGUUCAGCAUUACAAUAAAGGACAACAAUGACGAGGACAGGGGAGGACAAAGCGAGGGAGGGGUGGUGGCCACGAAUAGCGCCACCCAUACGAGUGAUCAACAAAUUGGUGAUGGGCAAAAGAAGAUGGAAAAAUUUUCGAGGUCUCAUUCCACCGGGCAUUCGAUAGUUAGGAGGGGCGAAGACAGGUUCACGUUGAGACUGCCUGAACAUUUGCAUGCAAAACUCGUAAGGGGGCAUAAUUGGACCGGAAGUUGCACCACUUUUGGAGAAUUCAAGAGUAAAACGUCCGCCGGUAACGGUGGUUUUGGGGAGGUAUCGGACUUUUCCGGUGAUGUCAGGAGAGUGUAAAUGUUCUUUGUUACUCUAUUUUACUUAUCAAUUCGACCUCUCCAUAAUCUCUCAUAGUUGGAUGGCCAAGAAGUCCGCAUAUAUAUGGACACGAGGUAGAUCGUAUGAGGAAAUACUUUAUAAUCAUAGUAGGUAUAGGAUAUUUUCCAUUAAAUGAUAUAUGAAUUUGCUAGUAUAAUUGAUUAGCUUAUUGUAUGUAGCUUAUGAAGUUUUGUUGGACAAAUGAAAUGAGCAACGGGGAGAGAAUUUGCCGCUUUAGU